UUCAGCCGAAAGAGAGAGAAAAAAAGAGAUGAAUUGAUUCCGAAUUCAAGAGCCUUUGUAACGGUAAGGUUUUCUGCUGGAGAAGCUGAAGAACUGCCAACUGCUGGGGCAAAAUGCAGACAUGAGCCUUCAUUCGAAACCCCAAUCUCCGCUCUCGAUGUUUUCCUUCGCUUCAAACUAAACAAUAGAAUGAAUUUUCUUCCUUGCAGCAUCAAGUCGUCCCUCUUCUGGACGCCUUCCAGUCUCUCCCUCCCCAAUCGGAAGUCCUCGCUUUGGAAUCAAAUCCAAACCAAAGAUUGCGUUAUAAGUGCCCGAAAGAGUAGAAGGCGAAAUGGGUACCGACGGUCCAGAAAGUUCAUACUCGAUUCAAUCCGUUUUGUCGCGUCGAAUCUCAACAUCUUGCCAGAGCCACUGGCAUUGGUGAUUAGAGAAUUCGGAGGGGGCAAUGGAGGGGGAUUCGGGUUUUGGAAGGGAUUUGGGGGAGAAGGGUUUGACGGGUGGGGGAGAAAGAGGAAUAACAAGCUAGGGUUUCUCGGGUUCGCGAUAGUGUUUGGAUUGGGAAUGUGGUUGGUUUCGGGAAAGGAAUUGGGGAAUGAUGUGAUUUUGGGAUUUUUGGCCUUAUCUUUGUUGGGGGUUUCAGUUAAUGGGUGGAAAAGGGUUGUAGAUGGGAUUUUAGGGUUUUGUUUUUGUGCUGUUUUGGUGGGUUUGGGGAUCAGCAGAAGAGAAAAUUUGCAGAAAUGGGCAAAGGGUUUCAAAGUCACCGGGACUUUAAGAAGAAGAAAAGGAAGAAGACCCAUAUAAGGGCAAUGUUUUACAUUCAUCUUUAUCUUUGGUAUUGCAAUUUGCAAUUCUUAAUUUCUUUGACUAAUUGUACUAUGUGAUAAUCAGAUUCUUCUGUGCUUCAUUUCUAAAACAGCUUAGAUUUCAGAACUCUUGAAUUUGAGAUUCUGAUAAGCCAAUAUGCUUUAGUGAUCCAUGAACUUAAUAAAAGGAGAAUCUAUAGAUUCCAGUUUUUGAUGUAGCAUUGGAAGAUGCCAUUGUGAUAUGCUCUUCACACUUGUUCUUGUUGCCGAAGGAGAUGAAUAAGAAUUGCAAGCCCCAUUGUCUAUUUCCCACACCAAACAUUGUGUUACCAGAUUAAAGUUGAAACUAUUGCUUGGACUUGAUGUUGAUGCAAUGUUUAUGAUAUGUUGACGGCAAUUAAGUUUUCCAGAUUUUGCUUUGAAUCACAGGCAUCAUCUAUGGGCAGGAUAAAGGCUUGAUAUUGUUUUUGUACAUACCAAAGAGGAAAAUAGACACGAAAUAUUUAUCUGAUCAAGCAGAGUCUGCCAAUGUCUACAUAUUUAAACCUUUUACACUAAUCUCCGUCUAUGACCUCACCGUGUGAUGCAUUGUUAAGAGGUCUCAUAAUCAAGCAGCUCCAUUGAAUAAAGAAUGAUCGUCGAGUACACAAGUACAGCCUCUUUUGCUGUUUGUGAACUUAACGCUGAAACUGAAGCCCUUUCAACAAAAACUACUUGUCCUUUUAUUUCUUCCAGAUUAUAUGGUAGCCAUGCAUUGACAGUAUGUUAGGCAGCCUAUCCAAUGUUAUGUGGCUGGAUGCCCUAUAUGGGGCGCGCAAGUCUCACUGUUUUUGAUCUGGGUUCGUCGAGUAGCAGUUCCAAAUUGUGCUUUUGACAGCUCAGAAUGCGCCGGGACUGUUGGAUUAUAACACGACAGUAAGACCUAGAGAGGCAGAAAAUAUUUUUCGUGGAAGCUGAACUCAGUCAAUUUUGCUUGAUACAAAUUGCAUGGUACAAGUCCCUAUUUAUAUUUUAUGGAGCCUAAAAGAGCUUUCUAUACACUCCUUUGGGCAUAUACUUCU